CACACACACACACACACACACACACACACACACACACACACACACACACACACGCACACACACGCACACACACACACACACACACACACACACACACACACACACACACACACCUAAGCCGCAUGGCAGACGCUAUUAAUGGAGAUAAAUGCUAAAGUAAACAGAGGGUUUGUCUCCUCUGAAAGCCUCGCCGGACACUUCCUCUGGCUCCCGCGCUGCCGGUAGGACAUACCUGGUGUCAGCUCUAAGUGCAGCAGAGUCACUAGUGUAAAUAGAGCUGGCGACAGGACGGCGAUGCCUGAGGACGCGGCGGCCUGGACACUGGCUGCUCUGACAGGCGUCCGCGAUCGCUAUCACGGGCUUCCAAAGAUAGCAGCUCGGCUCGGCGGCUCUUCCCUGCGCUGUCAGCGCGCGAGCUUCCCCUAAAACAGCAAGGUCUCCAAUGGCAACCACUCAACAGGAGCAGAAAAUAGGUUGCCCUAAUGGCCUCCAUCAAGGAAGGUGCGACUAAAUUAUUUAGCGUUUAAUUAAAAUGGAUUUAAAGUGAUUCUUCUUGUGCGCGGUUUUUACUCCUAGAACGCCGAUCAAGUCAAACUUUAAAUGUUCCCAUAAAGAUACAGUUGUUCUUUCUUUAAUUGAUUGAUUCGACAAAUUUUUAUCAAAGUAAAAUAAAGGCUUCCCAAUUCAAGCAUUUUAUUUCUCAUCUCUGUUAUUGACACGGAUUUUUCAUGCUGUAAUAAAGUGCCUGAGUUUAUAACGGUUCCCUCCCAGACAGGCUUCGACACCCUGAGCUGCGUUUUAAAGGAAACAAAGGAGGGCAGCACUGCGUCUGUCAACACAGAGCAGCUGAUUGCGUAAAAUGUCUAUUUGGGUGGAGGUUUACGCACGGAUCAUUUGAUUUCCUCAUAAUGGAGCAAAGCCCUGCCCACCAGGCGGCGCUGCUCACUUGUCUGCGAUGAAAGUUUCCACUUUCUCGCAAAAAAGAGGGAUUUAUGUGAUGAACUGUUUUAUUGGUAAAUAGCGAGAUAAAAUCCAAGUUAAAUUAAGAAUAUAACAUUUGACACUGAUAAAUAUAAAAUAAUUGUGUGAAGCCAUCAAAUCAAUCAUAGCUUUAGUGUUUAGUUUUAGCUGCGACGCUAAAAGUCUGUUUUAUGAGCGAUUGUGCGUUUUUACGCACGUCUUGUGAAUUAAACGCAAAUAAUUUAAUUAAAAGCCUCCACGCAAUACAUGCAUGUUCUUAUUCAAAAUUGAAAUAUUUGUUUCUCUUUGUUCUUUCAGAAGGAAAGAAAUAGAUAAAGAUAAGAAAAAGUAUAUUUAAAAAAGAAAAUAAUCUUGUUUCUUGUGUUGUCGUGUAUGGGCGGCGCGAAGGAGGGACCAGACAGACCAAACAGCCAUAUCGAGUCUUAACUGCAGCCGCUGAGAGGAUAGUAAACGUGCUGCAGAUCUUCGUGGAGACAGCUCAUUAAAACAUUACUUAGUUCAUGAACCGCAAUUAAAUUAGAGUGGAGAGCUUGGCUCUUUGAUUUUUCUUCCAUGCGCAGCGCACACCGGCAUACGGAAACACACGUGCGCUUAUUGCCAAUCAUGAAAUUAAGCUUCUCGCCCUUUUAUAUAAAAGAUAUACUCGCGAGACGUGAUGCCAAAGGGAAUCCCAGCGCCAUUGACGCACAGGAGCUCUGCGCGCCUUCACGCAAUUUACGCACCGGCUGUGAGAGCAGCAUCCAUCCGACUGGACUUUCUCCUGAUUUACGAGCGCUUCAUGGGAGCUUCAGAGCGUAUACAUGCGAGGGGAAUGGAAGAGGAGAGGAGACACUCGGAGGAGACCAGAUAAUGGAACGCGGCCCGCUGCAGAAAAAACUGGUGGAUGCAGAGAUAGGUGGAUGCUUCCGCAGCGAGGAGACGCUCAGGUGCGCAGUGGGGGAGCGCCACUGCAGCGCGGGAACAAAGAAGCGCUCCAGAGCGGCUUUCUCUCACGCGCAGGUCCACGAGCUGGAGCGCCGCUUCAGCGUCCAUCGGUACCUCUCUGGUCCAGAGCGGGCCGACCUGGCGGGAGCCCUGAAGCUCACCGAGACCCAGGUGAAAAUCUGGUUUCAGAACCGGAGAUAUAAAACCAAACGGCGCCAGAUGGUGACCGAGAUGAGCUCACCAAAAACAGUGGCCGUAAAGGUUCUGGUGAGGGGAGAACCAAAGCAGAACCAGCAGCUCAGUGGACACCCUUUGACUGGGUCACUGUUCCAGAACCACCAGUACCACCAGUACCACCCCUACCUGUGCUACUAUUACCAGCCCUGGAGCAGAGGAAGCUUCUGAAGUCUCCAAAACAUUUAAUGUAAUUAGUUUCUUUUAGUUCAUCCAGCCAAUCAGCGAGCUCAGAACAAAACAGGACAAAACACCCUUAAGUUGGUAAACUCAAAGAAAACAAAGAUAAAUUGUUAAAUGAUAAAAUCUGGUUUUCUGCACAAUUUUUUGCUCCAUCUUGAAUUUUUGUUUUAAUCAAACCAUUUGCAGUUUUCUUGGAGAAUAAUUUAAAAUAAACUUUGUUGGUUUUAUUUUGAAAUACCUAAGAAGUCAGAAUCUAACCAUUUUGGGUUAGAGGUCAUAAGGUGAAGAGUUGUGUGUGUGUUUUCGUUUUUUGGGAGGAAACUCUGACCUGAGAAAGCCAUGAGAGUUCACCUUCAAGCCUCUUAAUAAUUUACAAAAUGAUGAUGGCUUAAUUGCAUUUCAUCACCUUGUUGAACAUUAAAAUCUCCUGAAACUCACUUCACUGUGUGUAACAAAAACCCAAACACAGAGAUUUCUGUUCUGAGAUAUUAUACAAAAAUAAUAAAUAUAAAUAAUAAUGAUUCUGUAUUUUUACAGUCCACCUUGAACCUCCAGGAAUCCUGAAAAUUCUGAGCAAAUCUUAAAUUCAAAGAAUGCAUUUUUUUACUCAUUUAUUGAUGAUUUAUUGGCAUCACCUUCAUUUUUAAUAAAUAUUUAUUGUUAUUUUCUUUUUCCAAGUCCUAAAAACAAACAUGUUUAUGAAAAACGUCCUCCUGUGAGAGGCUGUUGUUUUAUAUAAAUGUGUGUUUUGUGCACACGCCUGCUGCGUUUGUGUGCUGCAUGAGUCAGAGGGGAUCAAUGGACCAUGGAGAUGUUAGCAUGGCUGCACAUGUGAGAAAGAACACAUUCAUCAUCAUUUACUGACAAGACCACUCCUUUGACUGGAAGGAUUUCACACAAUGACCACAACUGAUAUGGAAAUAAAAACACAAAUGUGACACAA